UGUUUUACAAUGUAAAUCAGACAUGACCAUUCCAAACACCAAGAAGUGAGUUGAAAGUACGAUGCGUGUAACAGCGUAUUAUGAUGAACUUCAAGGGGUCUUGAAAUGUGAUGUUUAAAGCACUUUCCCUCUGAAUUGCAUGUGUCGCACCACCCCAACUUCUACUAGCUGCCUAAUUUUUUUGGCUACAUUAUAUCCAUGUGUUUAUAAUUUGAAAAUAAUUUUGUGACUUAUUUUGGUAGGUUUAAAGAUGGGUCAAAGUGACACUGAAAGUACAUCGUCCUCCAUGAGAGGAAAUCCAGGUUCACCGCGAGACUUUUCCGUUCUCUUGGAUGAACCCAACGGAGAUAUUUCAUUAUUUCACCAUCCAGGUCCAAUAUCACCCUCUGCAUCAACCUCAUCUAGUGACACCAGUGAGCUUGAUAGUUCUGUGAUGAUGGCUAAUCAGACGCCUAAGCGCUCUGAGAUUCCUGUUAUUGACCUUACAUCUCCAGACGAGGGUGACAACAGUACGGCAAGAGCACAAGGAGGUGCGGCAGCUGCUCCUCCAUGUGAGGACUUUGCACAAUUUGCAUCUAAUUUCCGUUGGCGACUUCAAGCUCGCGAGUCCCGAGGUCACCGUGCACCUGUCAAUGAUCGUUUGCGUUCACGCCGGUUCCGAGGCAGGCAUACCCCUUAUACAAAUCUGUGGGACAGUGUUUCCCCACCUGGAGCCAGACGUGAAGCUUUGCUGGCAGAAUUUGCUGACUUUACACCAAGGCCAGUUCCCUCUGGUGACAAUAGCUCUCCUAUUGUCAUUGAUGAAGAGCUUUCAUCUUUUGCUCAACACCAAGUUCCACCUAAUGAUGCGCCCAGUUGGUUUCUAUCUGAUAGGCAGCAUCGCAUGGAGCGAUUCCGUCGUCGCCUCAAUGCAUCCAGGCAACCCACAAGAUGUUACCUUCAGUCUGAUGAAGCUCUUGCUCACAGAUUACAGCAGGCCGAGUAUACCCGCGAUAUGGAGGAACAUGCUCAUGGUGCUGGUGAUUCAACCCAACCAGCAGCACCCAGGGUUGGCACGCUACAUGCCAUACCACCCACCAUGCCUCAGCCACCCCCAGUGCCGUUGAGACGAAGGCGUCCAUUCCAUGCAGCUUUUGCUAGUCAAGCUUUACCAGAUCUGCUCCUUCCUUUUGUGUCUGUGGUUUCAUUCCCUCCUCCUCCUCUUCAUCACUAUGGAGACUCCAACUCUGGACAUACAGCUGAAGGGGAAGACUAUGAGGCUUUAUGGAAUCUUAGUGAGAGGAUAGGAUUAGCCAAGGCUCGUGGACUCAGUAAAGAAGUGAUUGAUAGUAUUCCAAGUUUCCGCUACAGUGCAAGCUCCAGAGAUUCUUCUAAUGGCAACUGUGUGGUGUGCAUGAGUGAUUAUAUCAAUCGCGAAAAGCUACGACGUCUACCAUGCAACCAUGACUUCCAUGCUAAAUGCAUUGAUCGCUGGCUGAAGAACAAUCGGACCUGUCCUGUCUGCAGAGAGGAAGUCUUAGAACCUUGAUCUCAGUUCAUCUAUUAAACAAGUUAUGAUAUCUGUAGAAUUUUUGCCAUUUAAGAGUGAUAAAAUUAUCUAUCUAUAUAUCUAAUGAGGUGCUGUUGAGUUUUACUGCAUUACAAACAAGUCUAUUAAGAACUCUUGCUCAGUCUUUUGGAAGAAAUACUUUAAUCGUUUGUUGCAAAGACACGGGUACUUUUUUGUCGCGAAGUCCAAGGAAUCUAUAUGUAAGGUCAAAGAAGCAGUUGAGUUAUUUAUUUAUUUUUUUGAUCACCUCGCUUAAAACAAUUUUUUAGAUGUACCUUGCAACACAUGGAUUUUUUUUGUACGAAUUGGGAUUUUUAAUUUGCAGCAUCCAUGUUGAAGAUUUCUGCCUGAUAAAUUGCUUGAAUUCAUUGAACAGAAUUUCUCAUAAGGAUUCAGGGUACAGUCUGUCGAAAAAUUUAGUGAGGGGUCAGCGACAGAGCUGCUUUCUUGGUUCUUACAUGAGAAAAGGUAGACACUUUUGGUUGUGAUUAUUUUCUGUCAGUUGUUAUGCCAGAUGCUAUGAAGGGUUUUUUUUGUUUUGCUGAAUUUUUUAAGCUAUGUUGAAAGCUUCAUGUAGUUUUGCUAACUGUAGAUCGGUUUCUCGAAUCUUUACUCGUCAACCAACGUCAACCGCAUGUUUCAAAUAAAGGGAAAAAAAACCUUUGUUCAUAGACUAGUGUAGACUGAAUGUAUUGUUUUCAACUCAAGAUGGCUUCAUUUAGUUUAUGAAGGAGAGCAGUUUGGCUGAUCUCCAUUUGCAAUCGUCUCUGUUAGACUUGCAGCUUAACGUUAAGUUGCUGUGUACCGGGGGAUGACUCUUAGGCCACAUGUUCCCCAAGUUUGACACAAAGCACACCCUUUACUCCAACCCUGAAGCAAGAGUUAGUGACUUUAGGGACUAACUUCAAAAUUAUAUUAUUGUGUAAGCCGUAAGUUCACAAUAUACCUGUUUGUAAAUUCAACAAAAUCUUAGUGGCUUUGUUUGAUUGCAUAGAGAGCUAACACAAGCCGUAUGUACAAUAGCUGAUUGAUAUUACGUGAUCCAGAGUAAAAUUUUGUACAUAAUAUUUAAGGAAGCUGAAGUAUAUUCAUUGAGCAGUUGCUUUUAUCAUAUAUCUUGAAAGGCGUUAUUGUAGUAAUAAACACAUUUAUACAACGUU